AUGUCCAGCCAUCCCACCACCACCGGCACCACGCCCAUGCCGGUGCCGGCCACCUCCACCGCGCCGCUUCCCGUCACCCUCACCCCGGAGGAGAUCGCCGGAGCAAUCCGCGAUCUCACCACUGCUGUCCAGGAGACCCGCCUCUUCCUGGCCGGUCCCUACGGGCCACCGCCGCCAGCGGCGCUGCUGCCGUGGCAACCGAUGCACCAGGCGGCCUCCGCCGCGAUCGCCGGGCCGCUGCAGCCGACGCUGCUGCUGUCGUCGCCGCCACCCGACGCCGGGCUGCUACAGUCCCCGCUGCCGCUGUCCACCAUCUCCGGGCCGGGCCCUACCUCGGUGCCGGGGGUCCCUCUUCUCCAGCAGCCGGCCGCCUUCUUCCCCACCGGGACACUGCAGCAGCAACAGCAGCAGCUGCCGCCGCCACCAACGCCGCCGCUGCAGCUGCUGUCCUCACCGACGAUGUCCCUGCCGUUCGGUGGGCAGCUGCCGUCGCCACCAACACCACAGCAGCGGCUGCUACCGCCACCGACGCCGUCCCUGCCUUUCGGCGGUGUGGGAGCGACCUUGGCCCCGGGCUCUACAUCGACACCGCCCGGGAUGCCCUUCCACCAGGUCCGUUUCCCUCCGUCGCCGUCACCGCUUCCGGCUGGGAUCGCUAUCCGCCACGUGUCGGUGGCGGUGCGGCUGCAGGCUGCUGCGCGCGGCCUCCUAGCGCGUCGGCGUGUGCGGGAGAUGCGUGAUCUGCAACUGCAGCUCCUCCAAGUUGCGCUUCCUUGCGCAACGGACCUCGAUCUCGUCCGCUGCGUCGGGGAUCAUGGGCGUGUGGUUUCCCCCACGGGCGGCGGACAUGCUGUUUUUCCCGCGGGCAGCGACCUCAAAGUCUGCGCCAUCGACAGUCAUCCGGCAGGGAGAAGGCAUGAUGGCCCCUCCAACCCGCAACAACAACCAAGACGCACUGAUGCAGAUGCUACAGAUGAUGGUAGCAGAUAG